AUGGGACUGGAACCUCAGAAGCUGCAAAGCGAAAGCCAGCGUUUUUACUUUCGAGUGUGCUUUCUCAGCGAUGGCACAUGGGCCAGCCCCAGCCACUUGCAAUUGGUCCAGUUCUUUGCGAGCUACGGUGCAGCAAAAAAUGCAGCUUCAAACUUGCGCCAGGCAAAGCAGUUCCGCCGAAAUGUCUGUCGUCGAAACCCGUCCCGCCUCGCCAAAAAGCUUUUAAACUUAUCUCUUCAGCGGAGGCGGAGAUCAAACGUUUUAAAGAGAUCUCUGCAGGAGGAGCUCCUGGAUGAAGAGGACUCACUAGAAACUCGUUGA